GCCGCCGAGCAAGUCAUUUUUCUCGGACUUUCUGCGGACGCUCGGCGACGUUGACAAUUACAUUACGGCGCUUUUCGCCGGGAACUCUUCGCGAUAUCGAAGUUUUACAUCGAUUAAAGUUAGAGGAGCCUCGGGAAAAUGGUCGCACGUUUCAGGGACGCGGCAGUGGCUGAACGCGAUCUGUGAGGAUUUGGAUGAAUAACUUAAAAACAGUUUGUUAAACUCCAUCCGCGCGCUUCAUGUUCGACAGGACAGGAGGAGGAUCGUUUAAAAUUAAUCGAGUCGUUCAGUAUUUGGAGGAUAUCGACAUAUGGAAACGGGUAGUUGAACGACAGCUAGUCGAGUGUUGUGAUGGGUAAAGAUUAUUACAGGAUCCUGGGGAUAGAGAAGGGCGCCUCGGAUGAGGAGAUCAAGAAAGCCUACAGAAAACAAGCUUUAAGGUUUCAUCCCGACAAAAACAAAUCGGCCGGAGCAGAGGAUAAAUUCAAAGAAAUCGCCGAAGCUUACGAUGUCCUGAGCGAUGCCAAGAAGAAAGACAUCUAUGACAGAUGUGGAGAGGAUGGGCUCAAGGGACACGCCGGGGGUGGCUGCAAUGGCCCUAGCUAUACUUUUCACGGCGAUCCUCACGCCAUGUUUGCGGAGUUCUUCGCCGGCCGCAGCCCGUUCGAUCAGUUUUUUGCGUCCGCCGGGGGCGCCGACGAUGACAUGGACAUCGACGACCCCUUCGCGGCGUUCGGGAUGGGAGGGAUGGGCGGCUUUCCCAGGUCUUUCAAGUCUCGGGUGGGAGGCGUGCACGGGGGCCGAGAAAAGAAGAAAGAUCCCCCGGUAGUGCACGAGCUCAAGGUGAGCCUGGAAGAGGUGUUCUCUGGUUGCACGAAAAAGAUGAAGAUCUCUCGCAAGAGGCUGAACCCGGACCGCUGCUCGGUGCGCACCGAAGACAAGAUCCUCACUGUGGACAUCAAACGAGGCUGGAAGGAGGGCACCAAGAUUACCUUUCCCAAAGAGGGAGAUGAGACGCCAACCAACAUCCCUGCCGAUAUAGUAUUUGUGGUUAAGGACAAGAUUCACCCGGUUUUUAAGCGAGACGGCUCUGACAUCAUCUACCCUGCAAGGAUAUCCCUCCGAGAGGCUCUAUGCGGCUGCACCAUCAGCGCUCCCACCCUGGACGGUAGAACUGUCACCGUGACAUCCCGUGAUGUCAUCAAACCCGGUAUGAAGAAGAGGAUAGUGGGAGAAGGACUGCCGCUGUCCAAAUGUCCUGAAAAGAGAGGAGACAUGGUGCUAGAGUUCUUGGUGAAAUUUCCGGACAAGUUGGGACAGAGUGCUCGUGAAUCUCUGGUUCAGAUCCUACCACCUUGACUCUCAACACACAGAUCCUAUGAUUGGGGCCCUUCUGAUUUUUUUUUUUUUAGAUCUCAUUACACCUGAAAGCAUCAGUGGUGAAUACACAAAAGUCAAGCUCAGAGAAACGCGACAGAGCUCCCGACAGUUUAUUUAUACCCCCUUUACUUAUAUCGCAAUGCACUUUUACAAAACACUGUGAAACCUCUCAGAAAUAAUAUAUUGACUUUCACACACCGUUUUUAAAGUACCUCCAAGUAAAUGCUCCUUUUUGCUUCUUCGGGUUUCUUUCUCCUCUAAUCUGUUGAUAUUUUCUUUUAUUAAAAUAAUAUUCCCAUUUUA